CUUUCCCACCGCGGAAUAGUCGACACAGACCUAUCACGGAGCAGAUCACAUAGGAAGGGCUUUCUGUGUCCGCAAGGCGGUGUUUAGAGUCGUUCCCAUAAAGCAGACGACGAUGUGGCAGGAAAACGGCGAUCAUUCUCCAGACCAACCCCAAGUUGCCAGGCUAUGUAGCCGUGUGUCCAGGAUUGAGAUAAGGUCCGGCAACAAGACAGUAGUCAGCCAUAGGCAGCAGAGUUAUACUACUUUUACGGAGACGGAUAAGACGCAUGUCCCAGAGUCGGCCGUGUGGGAUGAGAAUUUUAGUCUUGGGUGGCGGCUUGAUCAACCGUAUGUUCCGUUGUGGUCCAAAAGAUUUUCGUACGAGAACAUAGAGGACGAGCACAAGAUGUUGUUUUCUGCGAUGCUCGACCUGGAAAAGACACAGGACAAAAAGAAAGCGGUUCUGGACUUUUGCCGUCUGUUGAAUGCACAUUUCAUGCACGAAGAGAUGAUGUUUAGACUAGCAGGUUGCCCUGAAAACCCACAACACAGGAUUCAAUGCAAAAAAUUUUUAGAAAACCUACACCACUGGACGGCGCCUGACAAACAGGACAUGAUUAGCUACGUUAAAGAAUGGCUUACCAAUCACGUAGCGGCCACAGACUCCCAUUACAAGGGCAAACGAAAUCCGAGACUGUUCUCAAAGCCAUGGUUUGGUUCCAUGCUCUACAUUUAACAUUAUUUCCAUGCAUUUAACUACCAAGAUAUAGACUGUUAUUCUUUCUAUUUCAUCUGUAACUGUAAUAGAUAAUCAGGAUGCACAACUUAAGAAAUAUUCAAAAAUUCAUUAAUUCAAUAAAGAUUUCUUAACUUUUGCGUAACAUCAUUCAGUGCAAAAAAACUUAACGGACAACAAUUUGGGUAAAUAAAAGAUUUAAGGCUUUA